CCACCCACAAUUUUUGCAAACAACAAAACCACCUAUCUCUUCUUGCAACGUCUCGUCUCUCUUCUCUCACUCCGCGGCGCAGAUCCGAGGAGUAAUUCACCACUUUGACCAAUCACACAGACGCCAACCAUUCCCAGGAUUUUCUUUUUUCUGAUUCAAAGUUAUGGCAGGUUUGGCACCGGAAGGAUCACAAUUUGAUACUCGUCACUAUGAUACAAAGAUGAAUGAAUUGCUUCAAUCUGAUGGACAAGAAUUCUUCACAUCUUAUGAUGAGGUUUAUGAUAGUUUUGAUGCUAUGGGUCUUCAAGAGAACCUCCUUAGAGGCAUCUAUGCUUAUGGCUUUGAGAAGCCCUCUGCCAUCCAGCAAAGGGGCAUUGUUCCAUUCUGCAAGGGCCUUGAUGUUAUUCAGCAGGCUCAAUCUGGAACUGGAAAAACUGCUACCUUCUGUUCUGGCAUCUUGCAGCAGCUUGAUUAUGGUUUAACACAGUGCCAGGCGUUGGUUUUGGCACCUACUAGAGAACUAGCUCAACAGAUUGAGAAAGUUAUGCGAGCUCUGGGCGACUACCUUGGUGUUAAGGUUCAUGCUUGCGUAGGUGGAACCAGCGUCCGUGAAGAUCAGCGAAUUCUUUCAGCUGGGGUUCAUGUUGUUGUUGGCACCCCGGGCCGUGUUUUUGACAUGUUACGGAGACAGUCACUUCGUGCUGAUUAUAUCAGAAUGUUUGUCUUGGACGAGGCAGAUGAAAUGCUGUCACGAGGUUUUAAGGAUCAGAUUUAUGAUAUCUUCCAGUUGCUUCCAACUAAAGUUCAAGUUGGGGUCUUCUCUGCUACAAUGCCUCCAGAAGCCCUAGAAAUCACCCGUAAGUUCAUGAACAAACCCGUAAGGAUCUUGGUUAAGCGAGACGAACUAACUCUUGAGGGUAUUAAGCAAUUCUACGUCAAUGUUGAAAAGGAAGAGUGGAAGUUGGAGACUCUCUGUGACCUUUACGAGACGCUAGCCAUCACACAGAGCGUCAUCUUUGUUAACACCAGACGGAAGGUCGAUUGGCUGACCGACAAAAUGCGAGGUCGGGACCACACUGUCUCGGCCACCCAUGGAGACAUGGACCAGAACACUCGAGACAUCAUCAUGCGCGAAUUCCGCUCUGGCUCAUCUCGCGUUCUCAUCACCACCGACCUCUUGGCUCGUGGUAUCGAUGUUCAGCAAGUAUCUCUUGUCAUAAACUAUGAUCUCCCCACACAGCCAGAAAACUAUCUGCACCGUAUCGGAAGAAGUGGACGGUUUGGGAGAAAAGGAGUUUCCAUCAACUUCUUGACGAAGGAUGACGAGAGAAUGCUCCACGACAUCCAGAAGUUCUACAACGUUGUCAUCGAAGAACUUCCGUCCAACGUUGCCGAUCUUCUUUGAGGUGGUCUUUUUGGGUUUUAUUUCAGUAAAGGGCUCCCUUCAUUCUUUUUUCUUAUUGCUAGUUACUAUGGUUUUCUUUUUUGGUUAUUGUCAAUUUAUUCUGCAAAGGUUGUUUGUUACCAGCUGCUGAUGAAAUUGGGAGCCUGGUAAUAACCUUUGCAAUUUUAUCCUUAGUUAGGAUUUCUGUAACGUACUCAAUUCUUUUGCCCAAAAUUUCAUUUAAUUCUAAAUGAAGUUUAUCUCUAA